AUGAGUCGUGCUGCACCAACAGAAGAGGGAACGAAAGAGGCUGGUGGUGAUCCUGAGAGUAACCCUGUGGAGGAGGAGGAUGUCCGCCGAGCUGAUGAAUUCACGUCGGACAUGGAGAAGUUCAGCGCAAAUGGGAGUGGGUGGAAGGCUUAUGCGGAUAAAGAAGAGGUGAUAGCAUGCAGUAAGGAUGUUGCCAGUGAUGUUAUGGCUCGAGCGCUCGUCCUUGGGGAGAAGGGGAGGACCCAAUCGAUCAGCGCACAGACUCACAUAGCGGAUGUCUGCGUGAGACUCACUGGAAACAAGCUCAUCAGACUGGGUAAGGGGUUGGCCCUGUUCCAGAGGAGGCCGAUAAGAGUCUUGAUCUGGCUCGGCUGA